AUGAGUGUCAUCGUUCGCGACGAAAAUAAGAAGAUCAAAUUAUAUUGUAAAGGAGCUGACACAGCAAUUUUCGAACGCGUUUCCGCAGGAUCGCGAAAAAGUCUUGAUUUUGUGAAAGAAGCUCUUGAACAAUAUGCAUCGUUUGGAUAUCGAACACUUUGUUUUGCAUCAAAAGAAAUUGAUGAGAGUGUUUACUCACAAUGGUCACCGAAAUUCAAGAAAGCUGAGAUUGAAAAAGAAAUGAGAUUGAUUGGAGCAACAGCAAUUGAAGAUAAACUCCAAGAAUAUGUACCGGAGACAAUUCAAGCUUUAAUGGCAGCGGAUAUUCACGUUUGGAUGCUCACAGGAGACAAACGAGAAACAGCUAUCAAUAUUGCUCAUUCUUGUGCUCUCUGCAAUAACAACACCGAGCUACUCAUUGUCGACAAGGCAACUUAUGAUGACACUUAUCAUAAACUUGUUCAAUUUGUUGAUAGAGCAAAAGAACUUGAACAACAGCAACGAGAAUUCGCAAUGGUGAUCGAUGGUAAAUCGCUUGUUCACGCAUUAACCGGAGAAGCUCGAGAAUAUUUCGGUCAAUUGGCUUUACUGUGUCGAUCAGUGGUUUGCUGCAGAAUGAGUCCCAUGCAGAAAGCUGAGGUAGUGGAUCUAGUUCGAAAACUUGGCGAUCACGUGGUUUUAGCGAUUGGAGAUGGGGCAAAUGAUGUGGCAAUGAUACAGGCCGCAAAUGUUGGCAUUGGGAUUUCCGGCGAAGAAGGUCUACAAGCAGCAAGUGCCAGUGAUUAUGCAAUUGCUCAAUUCCAUUUCUUACGAAGAUUGCUUCUUGUUCACGGCUCUUGGGAUUAUGAUCGAUCAGUGAAAGUGAUCCUCUAUUCAUUCUACAAAAACAUUUGCUUAUAUAUUAUCGAAUUAUGGUUUGCCUUCUUCUCGGCUUGGUCAGGUCAAACGAUCUUUGAACGUUGGACUAUUGGGAUGUUCAAUGUGAUCUUCACUGCAUGGCCUCCAUUGAUUAUUGGUCUUUUUGAUCGUCCAAUCAAUGAUGAUCAAAUGCUGAGAUUUCCCGCUCUUUACUACUCCUUUCAAAAGAGGGCCUUCACUAUGGAUAAAUUUGCCGGUUGGAUUGGUCUAGCCAUCUAUCAUUCACUCGUUCUCUAUUUUCUCACCUAUUUCUUUUUGGAUACAGGAGUUGCCUGGAGUAAUGGAAGGACGGGAGGGUGGCUAAUGCUGGGCAAUUGUACAUAUACAUUCGUUGUGGUGACAGUAUGCUUGAAAGCGAUCCUCGAAACCGACUCUUGGACUUACAUUUGUGGUGCUUUUUGUCUCAUUUCAAUCGUUUCAUGGUUUUUACUCAUUUGGAUUUAUAGCUUGUUUUUCCCGACCUUAAAAUUGGGUGCCGACAUGGCAGGAAUGUUUUACAUUAUGUGCUCUUCACCGUCUUUUUGGCUCAUGUUAAUCUUCAUCCCAACAACUACUCUUCUAGCUGAUUUGAUCAUUAAAAGUGUUAUGGUAAGCGUGUAUCCUACUCCCAGAGAACAGGCGGUGCUCAUGCAAAAGCGACACGGGUUUGAACGACUUACGAGGGAGGCGAAUUCACAAUCACACAAAGCAGUGCAUCCAACAUUGGAACAAAUGCAAAAUGAGAUCAGGGAAACACCUCAAAAUGAGAUAUUGUCGGAUAGAAAUCAGAAAAUAAUAAACACAAAGCAACAAACCGGUGCCAUUGGAGGGUUCGACAAUUUGGCAGCCGACUACGGAUCAAUCGAUAACAUCCCAGCGACGAUUCGCUCACAAGCAAAUCUCUCAAGAUGGCUCUCAACUGUGUGCUUGAUAACCUAUUCUGUAAUCGAUUUCAUGAUCCCUACUCGUUUUCUCCAUUCUUCCCCCUUAUUUUCCUUUCAGCAUUUUCAUCUACUCUUCUGCAUUAAUGGUAUUCGUCUUUCCAGUCAUGCAUCGAUGGUGUCUCGUCAUAGAAUGAGAGAUCGUUUGAGUCGACACUCUGAAUCAUCUAUGGCUCUUCAAGAACAAACUAGACAUGGUUACGCCUUUUCACAAGAGGAAGAGGGUCCAGUUCAACAAACGGAUCUCAUCAGAAACAUCGACUCAACACGGGGCAAACCUUCAGGCAGA